ACAGAAUAUGCUACUCUUUGUCAUGUCAAAAGAUAAAAACUGCAUAGUUUCGAUGUCUACGAUGUUGUUAGGCAUCUGUUUCAGUGACAGAGAGAUAAUAGAAUCGUCCACACAUUAUCUGAUAUCAACAAUCCGUCGUUAUAGUGAAAUGAUCAAAGGGAACCCAAUCAGUCAGAUAUUUUUACACCAGAGUAUUGGAGCUUAUGAGGAUGAUAUAUCAAUAUUCUUUUCACUGAAGCGCAUCAACAUUCUCAAAGGUCAGAUAUCGUGGAGAAUUCGAUAAAUUGGAAAACACGAAACUUGAAACGUCUAAUUUCUGUAUAAGAGGACACAUAUCUCGUUUAGACAGAUCUCAAAGACUUUUCUUCUCCUUUGUGCUGGGCAGAUUUGAAGGCUUCUAUAUGCCUAAUAAUGCGAUCAUCGUGUUGUCGAUAUGAAUGAUCCAUCGAGGAGCGACUUGUUUUGCUAUCUAUCUACCAACGACAAAAUCACUGCGAAUGGUAUUUUUGAUCUAAAACAUCAAAAAUAUGAUCAAGAGAAGUUUUCUUGGAUAUGCAUAGAUAGCACACGUGGAGAAGUUUAUAAUGUACAGAAAAAGUUAAUAUGAAGAUACAAACUGUGCAUAUACUUUCUGAGUCCUUCGUAUGUGUGUAAAAGUAGAAUAUUCAAUGGUCAAUUACUUUAUAUUUAUUUUCAUUUCUUCUGUUUUUUAUUCUUAUUUUGUUGCUCGAGGAUUUUUUUGAAAAUGUUUACCCUUAAUGAAGAACAACGCUGAUAUAUCGUUAAUGAGUCGGAAAAAGGCUCGAAAAGUGUCUCACAAAUAGCACGUUUUCUUAACUGUCACAUUUCUACAAUAUAUCGUGUUAUUAAUUGUUAUCGUUGCCAUCAUAAUGUAAACUAUGGACAUGAUGUUGGUCGUUUACCUGCAUUCGGUUCAAAACAAAUCAAACAACUUGAUCGAGCCAUACAAAAAUAUCGAUCGGCUACUGCCGCUGAAUUAUUAUCAAUCACGAACUUCAAUACUACCGAACGCGCGAUACAACGUUAUCGACUAUCUCUUGGUUAUCGUCCUCGCAAGUCUAUCGUUAAAGUCAAAAACAAUAAUAUCAAUGAACAAAAGCGUUAUCAAUUUGCUCUAUUGCAUUAUCGUGAUCGUUAUCGAUAA